GCCUUAGAUGGCAGCUCUGGAAUCCCUGUCACCUGACCAGAAAGCAGAGCUGCUGUUGGAUCCGUCCACCGGUGCACUUGAAAAUGUGACUGUGGUGAAGGAGGUGUUGAGCAGCAUCCUAAAAUCCCCAGAGGAAGAGCAGCUAGAGAAAUUCUUUGAAGCGUUCGUGGAGGUCAGCCAGGAGGAAAACAUCACCUACAUCACCAACGCGGACGUCCGAGACACAAUACUGAACCUGACUUUGACGGCUCUGGCUCCCAAAUUCCCCCUCUUCCGAACCAGUGACUACGAGCUCUGGUUCCAAAUCAAUCUUGUGGUCCUGCUGGCCAGCUUCCGUCCUUCAGUUCUGGUGGUGAUCCCCGCCAACCUCACCUGCGACUCUUAUGACGCAAUAUUGAAAGGCCUGGAGAAGGCUUUGGAGGUUCUACCAUCUGAAGUCGGAGAGGAGCUGAAGUCUAGCAUCGACGAACUUCGACAGUCACCACCAGAAGGCUGCACGCCUCCUCGCCCUGUCGGUUUCUGCAAACCAACAUUAGUAAAUGAAGAGAGGCUGUGUGAGGGCGUCAACGGUGGCCCACUUGGGAGUCAGCCUCCUUCCUCGGAUCGGCUGUGCGACUUUGGCAUCUCGCAAUAUGCCUGCUCUUCGGUUGCAUCAUCUCUGUCCUCUGGCAACCUCGUCACGCUGCUGACUUGCGAGGCGCAGAGCGGCACCAUCAGCAGCGCAGAGACGUGGAAGCUUUUCUUCCAGAAAGUCGCAGGAGUUCUGGAGGAUGCUCUGUCAGAGUAUUCCAUCAAGAACCUCAGUGACGGUCAGCCUGAGUCCCGUGUUCUCGAUGCUAUCGGAGAGGUGAAAGUCAACAGCUUCAGCGCUGCACAGCUGACAGAUGCCAGCUUCAUUGGCAGCUGGUUCCAGGGAAGGCUGAGACCAUUCUUGCCGACAGCGUCCAGGGACUUCCUGUCCUGCCUCAGCUCCAAGAACUUCACUUGUGACACUUACCAAGUCGUGGUGCAGGCUCUCAGUCAUCAAGCGUCCCUCAUGGAGGUGGGGCAAAAACGGCUCGUCUUGACCGACUUCGUCCGUCCCUUCCUCUCCAGAGAUGACCUAAGAGAUCCUGCCUGUCUGUCCAAAACCGUGAGCAGCGCUGACUGGCUCGAGAAGAACUUUGGCAACUUCUACGUCUACGCUACCUUGGAGGAUUUGCGAACUCUGAAUGAAAAUUUCUCCAGCUUUGAAUCGCUGGCACUGCUGAGCCCUACCCAAGUAGCUGAACUCGCACUGAGCUCUGGAGCUCUGAACAACACCAGUCAGAUCAACGCUGUGUUCGACCGCUUGGAGGAAGGCGACGCUUUCAAGAACGUGGAAGAGUUUCUGACGGCACUGACCACAACUUCUGAGAUUCCCGAUAUCACCCCUGCUGUGAGCGACUUGAUGAUGAACCGAAUCUUCGUAAUCAUUGAAUCAAAAUUCCAUGCAUUUGAAGCUCAUGACUGGGUAGUGUGGUUCACCGUGAAGCUCAUCCCUAUCCUCCCCAGUUUCACCUCAGAAAUGCUGGCUAAGGUCACAGCUGGCGUCAACUGCACCAACUACCAUGUGAUUGUUAAUGGACUCAGCUUGGCUUAUUCACAAAUGCCUGUCAAAAGAAGAGAGGAAGUUGCUGCAAGUCUAGUAGUUUACGUUAAACAGUCGGUGCACCUGAUCAGUCAGCCAGCCUGCAAACAGAGCAUUGAAAAUGACACUGACUGGCUGAUUUUGAACUUUGGUCAGUUCUUCACGUAUGUGCCUUACUCUGACUUGGCAGAAUUCAACAUCUCUAGGGAGGCCGUGUUUGGCUCUCUAUCUGGUGAACAGAAGGUGGAGCGAAUCUUGACACCAGGUCUGGUGGAUGAUGAGUCUGCCGUUAGAGAAGUGUUUGAAUCUAUUGUACACUCUCCGAACAAGAACCAGUUGGAUGAAUUCUUUGAAAUAUUCAACAGCAUGUCUGCACAGAGAAACGUGUCAAGCAUCAGCACUGCUGUGAGCAACAUCAUUCUGAACAUGACAUUGAUGGAGCUGGCGAACAGAUUUGAAACCUUCGAUCCGCAGACGUUUUCGUUAUGGUUCCAGACGUACCUGCUCGUUUUCCUCCCUGGGAUCGGUCCAGAUAGCCUCUCUGUCAUCCCCAGAACCAUCAGCUGUGAUUCUUACAGAGAAAUGUGA